AUGGCUGGUUUGCGAGCUCUUCAGCUACUUACUGCAGGAUUAGUUUUCGUUUGUUUUUGCUUGGGUUCUUUGGCAACUGAAGUUACAUACGAUGGGAGAGGAAUUAAGAUUAAUGGAGAAAGGAGGGUUUUGAUCUCUGGAUCAAUUCACUAUCCUCGCAGCACUCCAGGGAUGUGGCCGGAUUUAAUAAGAAAAGCAAAGGAAGGUGGGCUUGAUGCAAUAGAGACUUAUGUUUUCUGGAAUGUCCACGAACCUCGUCGUCGCCAGUAUGACUUUUCAGGCAAUUUGGAUAUUAUUAGGUUCCUCAAAACUGUCCAAGAAGCCGGAUUAUAUGCUGUUCUCCGUAUUGGACCUUAUGUCUGUGCUGAAUGGAAUUAUGGUGGAUUUCCUGUUUGGUUGCAUAAUUUGCCGGGAAUUCAAGAAUUUAGAACUGAUAAUCCUGUCUACAUGAAUGAGAUGAAAAAUUUUACAACCUUGAUAGUUGACAUGAUAAAGCAAGAGAACCUAUUUGCCUCACAAGGAGGGCCUAUUAUCAUUGCUCAGAUUGAGAAUGAAUAUGGCAACGUCAUGGGACCAUAUGGUGACGCUGGAAAAACUUAUAUCAAUUGGUGUGCAAACAUGGCGGAAUCUCUAGGCAUUGGCGUUCCCUGGGUUAUGUGUCAACAAUCUGAUGCUCCUAAGCCAAUGAUCAACACAUGCAAUGGUUGGUACUGUGAUUCAUUCACUCCAAACAACCCCAAUAGCCCUAAGAUGUGGACUGAAAAUUGGACUGGCUGGUUCAAGAAUUGGGGAGGUGCAGACCCACAUAGAACUGCUGAGGAUGUGGCCUACGCAGUUGCACGUUUCUUCCAAACUGGUGGAGUUUUCCAGAAUUAUUACAUGUAUCAUGGUGGCACCAACUUUGGUCGGACAGCAGGAGGUCCUUACAUCGCAACAACUUAUGAUUAUGACGCACCCCUUGACGAAUAUGGUAAUCUCAAUCAACCUAAGUGGGGGCAUUUGAAGGAGCUUCAUCUUGUGCUGAAAUCAAUGGAGAAGGUGCUUACCCAUGGAGAUGUUUCCCAUACUGAUUUUGGAAACUUUGUUGGGGCAACAAUUUACGCUACAAAUGAAACAUCAAGCUGCUUCUUGAGUAAUGCAAACACUACUACUGAUGCUACCAUCACCUUCCAAGGCAAGCAAUAUACAAUUCCUGCUUGGUCUGUUAGUAUUCUCCCUGAUUGCAAGAAAGAGGUCUACAAUACUGCUAAGAUUAGUGCUCAGACCUCAGUGAUGGUAAAGAAGGUGAAUGUUGCUGAAGAUCAGCCUAUGAGUCUCAAAUGGCUAUGGAGGCCGGAACAAAUUACAGAGACAGCUCUUCAGGGCAAGGGUCCAAUGGUUGCCUCACACCUCAUGGAACAAAAGUUUGUAACUAAUGAUGCAAGUGAUUAUUUGUGGUACAUGACUAGUGUAAACAUGGAUGAAAAGGAUCCUAUUUGGGGCACUGAUUUGACUCUCCUAGUAAAUACUACUGGGCAUGUGCUUCAUGCUUAUGUUAAUGGAAACCAUAUUGGUUCCCAGUGGGCCGAACAUGGAGGCUUUGUCUUUGCUUUUGAGAAAGCGAUUAAGUUGAAACCUGGCAGGAAUCAAAUUUCAUUGCUUAGUGCCACUGUUGGAUUAAAGAAUUAUGGUGCCAUGUACGACCUGACACCAACUGGAAUACUUGGUCCUGUUGCCUUGAUUGGAAAGAAAACUGGUGAGGAGAUAGUUAAAGAUUUGUCUUCAAACAAGUGGACAUUUAAGGUUGGGUUGAAUGGUGAGGAGAAGCAACUUUACAAUGAAGAUUUAAGCCAUGAUUCGGAAUGGAAAUCGGAAAAUCYUCCCACAAACAGGAUGAUGACUUGGUACAAGACAACCUUCAAGCCUCCUCUAGGAACAGACCCAGUUGUGGUGGAUUUGCAAGGUUUGGGUAAGGGCCAUGCUUGGGUGAAUGGAAAAAGCAUUGGACGCUACUGGCCAACUUUUCUUUCUCAACAGGAUGGUUGCAGCAACACAUGUGACUAUCGUGGACCAUAUAGUGAUUCUAAAUGUGUGACUAAUUGUGGUCAUCCAUCUCAGAGAUGGUACCAUGUCCCUCGAUCUUUUCUUCGGGAUGACGAGAACACAUUGACAUUGUUUGAAGAGAUGGGUGGCAGUCCUUACCUUGUGAACUUCCAGACUGUUACUGUUGGUUCAGCUUGUGCCACUGUACAAGAGGGAAAGACAUUGGAGCUCUCAUGCCAGAGUGGUCAGACCAUUUCAGAAAUUAGAUUUGCUAGCUUUGGUGACCCACAGGGCACUUGUGGAUCUUUUGUCAAAGGAAGUUGUGAUGCCAAAGAUAUUCUGUCUACUGUUCAAAAUGCAUGUGUUGGAAAGGAGAGCUGUUGUAUUGAAGUGUCGAAGAAUGCUCUUGGAGCUCCCAAUUGUGGCGGGAAUAUCACCAAGAGACUUGCAGUUGAAGCUGUCUGUUAG